GAGGACGAACUAUCCGUGAACUGUUUUGCCAACGAGUACGCUUCCAAUAUUUUCUGUUUGAGAAAACACACUUGUUGCUGUUGCAACUCCAAAUAUUUUUACAGCCGACGCUUUUGCCAUGAAUCAUCGGCUAACAUGUAAAAUAGAGAAAAGCCAUAGUUGAUUGUAAUGGAAAUUUAGAAAACCUCAAACUCGAUAUAGAAGGGAAAAAUAAAGGAAAGGAAGGGAGAGAUAAUUGGAAGCUUGGGGCCAGGUUUAAUUCACUGAAACCAGGCUGCUUGUGUCAUCACGAAACAGAAUUGCCAGUACGUCAUUUCUGUGCUCCCGUCCUCGUAAAAACGGUUUCACUCGUUAAGAAAAAACGAAUAGGCGGUGAAGAGAGAAAAAAGCAGACAGAGAGCGCUUUUAAAAAGCUGACGAAGCGUGCGUUGCCACAACGAGACACACGGUGCUAUUUGUCGUUUUAAAUUGCGCCGCAACUUGUUUUUGAGAUCUUUGCUAGAGACACGUGAAAACACGUUGGAAGUAUAUUUCUUGUUUUUGUGGAAUUUAGCUGGAAAAUGAAAAAUAACGUAAAACAUGUACUUACGACUUACAGAGUAAUCGAAUGUAUACACUAUAAUAACCAGCGAUUUAAGGCUUUAAAAGAUCGAAAGAAAAGAAAAGAAAAGAAGAAAGAUAAUAUGUUGUGGCAGUCUAACUCGAUCUAAGGAAAUAGAGAGGGAGGGGGGGGGGGGCAAAGCUUGUUAAUCUGGAAAGAAUACAAGCAUCAAUUUCAAGCACUUAUAGGGAAUCAAGCGGGCUUGUUAAGGUCAUAUUUCUGGUCUACGCACUCCAGUGCCCGCACAACUUAUAUUAAAACACCUGAUUUUCCCAUUCUACAGCAACAAAUUUCCUGAUCCUUUACAACCAUGAAGGACUUGUAUGCGAAAAUACUUGCUACGAUCAUCUGUUUGCAGACUAUUUUCGUCACUAUCUUCCCGUUAGGGGCUGCGGCUUUAGGAGAAGAUUGUACUGAUUUUGAAGGAAAAGCCGUCUCGCAUGGAAUGACGUAUGUGCCGGGACCAUCGGUUUGCAACCUCUGCGUCUGCUAUCAUAUGGAGCCAAAAUGGUGCCAGGCUAUGUUCUGUUCACCUCCUUUUAGCUGCAAGAAAUUCCGCAUUGGACGCCGAUGUUGCGAGUUCCAGUGCGUGGAUGAGGUUGACACAGGCUAUUGGUUUGGAUCUGAUGUGGUUAUUGUGAAUCGUUCAUCUAAACUUGAAAAACAUAGUGUAUUAUGGAUGCUGAGUUUAGUGAUAGUAAUUGUAGUAUUUUAAUUUCUCAAUAAAGAUUCCGAUGGCGCUGUGGACAAAAUUCGUAGCUUAUAAACAUCAACGAUUAGUUUCAGCCAUCGGGAAAAGAAGUAGUGUAUGUAUGUAGUGUGUUAACGAAGUAGUAAAACGUAGUGUAAAGAAAGUAGUGUAAAAGUAAAGUAGUGUAAAAGAAUCCUUUGUUCCGUGGUAUAUAUAGGCAAAAACGAAUGGUAGACCGCAGCAUAAUAGUUUCCAACCAUCCACAAUUGUUCUAAUUCCUCACUCGACGUCUUUCAUGUUCAUUCAUGUAGGAAAAAGUAUGUUAUCGUUUAAUAAUAAGCUUUUGAGCGUUUAAUAACAUCUCGUCGAGUAGAAAUUCCACACGAAGCAGUGAGAAAAAUAAUAUUUGAAGAAGAUCUAUGUUCUCAGCUUCGUCGUGUGCCAGAACUUUGUAGGAUAGAUUGUAUCAUGCGAUGAAAAUUUUAUACUUGUAAGUUAAGAAAAUUGGAACGAAAAUUCACGUUGUCUGCAAGAUAUCUUGUUUUUGGAUAGAAAUAGUUACUUUACUAACAACAUUCUCAAUAUUAAGGAUAUCAACAUCUUAGAUUUAAUGAAAGCCGCUGGAAUACGCCAGAUAUUUCAUAUCUGACUUAAACAUGUACAGUGACGAGCGAAAAAAGUAAACACAUAAAUGUAAAAGACUAAUUUUUCAAGUGAUCGGUAAAGAUUAGGUAACAGUACUACAAUAACUACAAGUUAUUAUUAACGAAAUGUAAUAGUUAAUUUUCAUUAACAUUAAUAAUGUACAAAACAUUUUACAAAAAUGGACAUCUCAAACCAUGUUUACAGUUUUGCACAUUAAUUAUACUCGUCGAAUCAAGGUUUCAACAUAGUAUUUCGUCCACUAGUACUACUUCACGUUUAUUAUAUCCAAUAGAAUUAACUACUAUUUAGGUAAAUUAUUUUGUGGAAUGCUCUUCAAAUAAUAAUGCUCUUUUCUCAUUAUACCUUCGACAUUCGCUUUUUACGUAAAAUUAACGGGCUGUGUUUACACUUUUGCUUGUCACUGCAUAUCAAGGAAGAUUGAAAUAUAAAG